UGGGCGGGGCUACCGUCCUUCCUCACACACAUCACGCUUGUUUCCUGCUCGUUGCUAACAACCUGCUGCCUGCAACUUCGUCUGUCCACCAUUCACUCAUCCACUCAUGCAUUAACGGUUUCCAGCUGUAGUGUUUUCGAGAUGUGUGUGAGGAUGAAGCCGUGUCGAGACUGAGUGCAGUUUGACUCUCAGCUCCGUGCUGGCUGCAUGGUGCGCGUGCCUGCUUUCUGACGCUUGAGGUUGCAGUCUGGCCUCCAGCCGCGGCUGCGAAUUAACUUCAUUUCUCAGCGUCGCCUUUCUCUGAAAUCAUGUUUAUUUCAUAAGAAUGGCGGUGAGGGGGACACUGUAAACUAAAUGACUGUCAGAAACAUCGCCUCCAUUUGUAAUAUGGGCACCAAUGCCUCUGCUCUGGAGAAAGACAUCGGCCCGGAGCAAUUUCCAAUCAAUGAACACUACUUUGGAUUGGUCAAUUUUGGAAACACCUGUUACUGUAACUCAGUGCUACAGGCUCUCUACUUCUGCCGGCCUUUCCGGGAGAACGUGCUGUCUUACAAAGCCCAGCAGAAGAAGAAGGAGAACCUGCUCACAUGCCUGGCUGACCUCUUCCACUCCAUUGCCACACAGAAGAAGAAAGUGGGCGUCAUCCCGCCCAAGAAGUUCAUCUCCCGUCUACGGAAAGAGAACGAUCUGUUCGACAACUACAUGCAACAGGACGCCCACGAGUUCCUCAACUACCUGCUGAACACGGUGGCCGACAUCCUGCAGGAGGAGAAGAAGCAGGAAAAGCAGAACGGGCGGCUCAAGAACAACGGCACCACCGAGACGGAGCCGGAGAACAAGACGGAGCCCACGUGGGUUCACGAUAUCUUCCAGGGCACACUGACCAAUGAGACGCGCUGCCUCAACUGUGAAACGGUGAGCAGUAAAGAUGAAGAUUUUCUGGAUCUUUCUGUGGACGUGGAGCAGAACACAUCAAUAACACACUGUCUCAGGGACUUCAGCAACACCGAGACUUUGUGCAGUGAAUACAAAUACUACUGUGAGGCAUGCUGCAGCAAGCAGGAAGCACAGAAGCGGAUGCGUGUGAAGAAGCUUCCCAUGAUCCUGGCACUGCACCUGAAGAGGUUUAAGUACAUGGAGCAGCUGCACCGCUACACCAAGCUGUCCUAUCGAGUGGUUUUCCCCCUAGAACUCCGUCUGUUCAACACGUCCGGGGAUGCAGUCAACCUGGAUCGCAUGUACGACCUAGUGGCUGUGGUGGUCCACUGUGGCAGUGGUCCCAACAGAGGACAUUACAUCACCAUAGUGAAGAGUCACGGCUUCUGGCUGCUGUUUGACGAUGACAUUGUGGAGAAAAUUGACGCCCAGGCCAUCGAGGAGUUUUACGGGCUUACCUCAGACAUCUCCAAGAACUCCGAGUCAGGAUACAUCCUCUUCUACCAGUCCAGGGAGUGACUUGAGCUGGAUCAGUGACACAGGAGAAGACUAAAUAGGAUGAAACCUUUUUAUUUUUAUUUUUUUAACCUUCAGCCUAACAGACCCAGACUCCUGCCAUCUCCACCCCACCCUGUUCCCAUUCUCCAAGUCUGACCUCUCUGAUGUACGUGCCAAUCCUCUGUCCCAACCUUACACUCAUACCUCUCUCUCUGUCUCUGUCUGAGUCUCUCUGUCUCUCUGUCUCUCUCUCUCUGUCUCUGUCUGAGUCUCUCUGUCUCUCUGUCUCUCUGUCUCUCUGUCUCUCUGUCUCUCUGUCUCUC